ACAAAAUUCGUCUUAUCAAUGAAAGAACAAAUCCGGUCGCCAACGGAAAACAAAUUUGCAGCACUAGUUCAUGCGCAAGAAUAUCACCUAGUUCCAGAGUUUACCCUAGAGUCUGGUGUCACUUUACAUAAUGUCACUGCAGCCUAUAAAACCUGGGGGAAAUUAAACGCGACAAAAGAUAAUGUGAUGGUGAUAUGUCAUGCAUUGACUGGUAGUGCAGACGUUGAGGAUUGGUGGGGACCACUUAUCGGCAAAGGUCGAGCAUUUGAUACUUCGAAAUUUUUCAUCUUUUGUGGUAAUGUGCUUGGAUCCCCGUACGGUACUACUUCCCCGGUCACCGUUAAUCCUGAUACUGGUCGAAUCUAUGGUCCUGAAUUUCCAUUGACUACUACACGCGACGAUGUUAGACUACAUAAAUUAGUUCUGGAUCAUUUAGGCGUAAGACAAAUUGCUAUUGUUGUUGGUGGCUCAAUGGGAGGAAUGGCAGUACUUGAAUGGGCUUUUUUGGGCGCAGAUUAUGUAAAAACUAUCGUCCCAAUUGCUACCUCGGCUAGACAUUCAGCAUGGUGCAUCAGCUGGGGUGAAGCCCAACGACAAUCAAUAUAUAGUGAUCCUAAAUAUCUCGACGGAUAUUAUGAUCCAAAUGAUUCUCCAAAUACAGGGUUGGCAGCUGCUAGGAUGACCGCACUCUUAACAUACCGUUCACGAAUUUCUUUUGAGUCACGAUUUGGUCGUAAAUAUCAGGAUCCAUCAAAACAUCCGGCAGGCAAAUUAAAUCAACCAAAAAUUAUUCCAACAACACCUGCUGAAGAAGCAUUACUUAUGCAUAAUGAAGGCCAUCGUAGCGAGAAUAUCAUUAAUGGUGUCUAUUUUAAUAGUAGCGAUAGCAAUGGCAAUAUCGAUAAUAUAAAAAAAGAAUUUUCAACUGCAGCUUCUACGAGUUUAUUUUCAGCGCAGUCUUAUUUGCGAUAUCAAGGCGAGAAAUUUGUAAUGCGAUUCGAUGCAAAUUGUUAUAUUAGUCUUUCGAGAAAAAUGGAUGCACAUGAUGUAACUACAGGGAGAGGAGAGCAACUAGAUCAAGUCUUGAGCAAGAUAACUCAAUCUGCAAUGGUCAUUGGCAUAGAAUCUGAUGGUCUAUUCACAAUCUCUGAACAACAGGAGCUUGCUGAUCAUAUGCCAAAUUCAGAAAUGGUCAGAAUACAAUCACCGGAAGGUCAUGACGGUUUCUUGCUCGAAUUCGAUCAGAUAAAUCGACAUAUUUUGCGUUUUAUAAGGACACAUCUAUCUGAAAUUUAUCAACGAGAAGAUACAGCAACGGAACAAGAAGAAAGACUGGUGGCAACAAAGAACAGCUUAUUUGGCGAGGCUGAAGUAGGUGAUAUGUUGAAAUGGUGA